GUGAAAACCUCGUCAACCAAGUCCAGCUGUCGCAUACGUCCAGCAACUUUGACCGCUUCGAAAUGUUUUUCAACCGAGACGGCAUUCUAGUUUACAAGUACGAUGCUGAACAACUUUGGAUCCAACCAUGGGGACCGAAUGCAUUCCGUGUGCGCGCCACUAAAUCUGGCGUGAUGCCAACACAGGACUGGGCCCUUGAGCAACCUUUGCCAACCGAGUCACACAUUUCCAUCUCUGAUGAGUCGUCAAGCAUCAGUAACGGAAAAGCCAAGGCUGUUAUUUCCAGACUUGGCAAAGUGACCAUCGAGAAUGCAAAGGGACAAAUAAUCCUCGAAGAGUAUACACGCAACCGCCGGGAUAUUCUUGAUCCCAAGUGCAGCGCCAUUGAGGUCGAGGCUCGUGAGCUUCGGCCAAUUCCAGGCACCGACAACUACCAUUUGACGAUGCGUCUCGAAAGCAUCGAUCCAAACGAAAAGAUCUUUGGCAUGGGCCAGUAUCAGCAGCAUCAAAUGAACCUCAAAGGUCAGGAUAUUGAACUUGCCCACCGCAAUUCACAGGCUAGUGUCCCAUUUGCACUCUCGUCACUUGGUUAUGGACUGCUCUGGAACAACCCCUCCAUCGGCCGUGCAGUCUUUGGAACGAACAUUAUGAGCUUCGAAGCCUACUCGACCAAUGCUCUAGACUACUGGAUUGUGCUUGGUGAUACUCCGGCAGAGAUCGAAGAGGCCUACGCAAAUGCUACUGGCAAAGUCCCUAUGAUGCCGGAGUACGGACUAGGCUUCUGGCAGUGCAAGCUGCGGUACCAAACGCAAGAAGAGCUGCUAGAGGUUGCCCGAGAAUAUCAACGUCGGAGUAUUCCUCUUGACCUUAUCGUCAUCGACUUUUUCCAUUGGCCAAAGCAGGGAGAAUGGAAGUUUGACCCGCUCUAUUGGCCUGAUCCUGAUGCCAUGGUGAAGGAGCUCAAAGAGAUGAAAGUUGAUCUUAUGGUAUCGAUCUGGCCUACUGUUGAUAAAAAGUCUGAAAACUAUCAGCACAUGCUUGAGCAUGGCUACCUCAUCCGGACAGAUCGAGGGGUGCGGACUGGACUAGAUUUUGAAGGUGAGACGAUUCAUAUCGAUGUAACCAAUCCGGAGGCGAGGAAAUAUCUUUGGAGGACAGUCAAAGAAAACUAUUACUCCAAGGGUAUCAAGACUUUCUGGUUAGAUGAAGCGGAACCGGAGUACACUGCCUACGACUUUGACAACUAUCGAUACUUUCUUGGAUCCAACCUGACGAUUGGCAACAUCUACCCCGUCGACUACGCCAAAGCAUUCUACGAGGGAAUGGUCAGCGAGGGCCAAACUGAUGUCGUCAACUUGCUCCGCUGCGCAUGGGCUGGAAGUCAAAAGUACGGAGCUCUCGUUUGGAGCGGCGACAUUGCCUCGUCGUGGUCAAGCUUGAGAAACCAGUUGACCGCAGGUCUGAAUAUGGGAAUUGCAGGGCUGCCAUGGUGGACGACAGAUAUCGGCGGUUUCCACGGCGGAGAUCCCGACGACGACAAGUUCCGUGAGCUCUUCGUUAGAUGGUUCCAAUGGGGUACCUUUUGUCCUGUGAUGCGACUCCAUGGUGACAGAGAACCGAGACAGCCACAAGUUGGGAUUUCCGGUGGCGCUACGUGCCGCAGCGGAGCCGCCAACGAAGUGUGGUCAUACGGGCCUGACGUUUACGAUAUAUGCCGAAGAUAUAUCCAGAUUCGAGAACAACUCCGAGGCUAUACGCGGACGUUGAUGAGGGAGGCUCAUGAAAAGGGAAGCCCAAUCAUGAGGCCGUUGUUUUACGAAUUCCCAAACGACAACAAGUGCUGGGAGAUUUCCACGCAGUACAUGUAUGGGGACAAGUAUCUCGUGUGCCCGGUACUCGGCCCAGAGGUGAAAAACAUGGAGGUAUACUUGCCCCCUCUGGAAACUGGGAAGAGAUGGACUGCUUUUUCGGGCAAUGAGACAUACGACGGGGGACAAGCUGUUCUAGUGUCUUGCCCUCUCAGUGAGAUGCCUGUGUUUGUCAAGUGA